AAAGAGAGAGCGAAACAGAAAUAGGGACAAAGAGAGAGAGAAACAGUAGGUUCAAAAAACCUACUUGAGAGACAAACAAAGAGUGAAAACCAACCAUGAAAUCCAACCAGGAGAGGAGCCAUGGCUGUCUACCUCCAAAGAAGCGUGAGAUCCUAGCCCUGGAGCAGAGGCCUGUGGUGGUAACAGCAGCAGCUGAGAUCCUGGCUCUGGAGCAGAGGCCUAUGGUGGUACCAGCAGCAGCUGCAGCCUCAGCAGACACUAUCCUACACACAGAGAACCUGGCUUGGCUGGCCAAUGUAGCCAGCGAACGCUGCAGAUCCACAGAAACUCCCAGCCCCAGGUUUCAUGUCUCCUCGUCCUCCUCUUCGUCCCCCUCCCCUUCUGCUACCUCUCUGUCUACGAUCCCCCUGUCCUCUCUCUCCACUGUCUACCCCACUGGGGUGGGGCUCAGCCAACAGGGCGGGACAAUCCAGUACCCCCAGCUGGCCCCUAACCUCCAGUUCAUUAGCUCGGGGCCGUACACUGGCUACAUCUCCUCUCAGAUCGUCCAGUCCACUGCCACCAGUGUAGCCACCUCCACAGGGCAACAGCGCCACCAUCUGGACGGCCACUGCUACACCGCCGCCCUCAUCUCCCAGGCCACCAAGGCUGGUGAACAGCAGAACCAGCUCCAGAUAGGACUGCCGUCUGACCUGGCUGUGUCCGUUGGAGGGACUAUCGUCUCCCUGCCGACCUCCACCCACUUCCCCAGUACCCACCAGUACAUCCAGCUGGACAGCAGCAGCCCUCUGACCGUCACCUCCCCUACCCAGGGCCACCUCCAGCCUCUCCAGCUCCACACCCACCCUGGGAUGGGCCUCCUCCCCCACACCCUCACCCUCGCCCCCUCCCAGGUGCUGGUCCAGUAUGCGGAUGGGUUAGGGGUCAACAAAGCUGAGGGCGGACACACCAAGGUGGUGCAGCUAAAUGGAGAGCUGGAGAGGAGUUUCGGUAAACAGAGCUGUGCUGGCGUCAAAGGAAUCUCCUACUCUAACCAGAACAAUCAGCAGGUUCACCAUGGAUAUGAAGCUCGACACAUCCUCAUUCCCGCAGACUACACUACCCAGGAUUCAACAGGACUACAAACCUCCCUGGUGCUGGUAGCAAACGCCCAGCCCCACCCCCACCCCCACCCUACCAGUGGUGCUGAGCAGGACAAGGUCCAGGUCCACCCAUCACUAAUACACAGUGAGGGAGGAGGCAUCUGUCUAGGGAAACCUGUCUCCAGAACCUCCUCUUUCACCUCCCUCAACUCCUCUGAUGCUCUGAAGGUCUCUUCUGCCCCUCACACGGUUAUCCGGACCACCCACCACUCUGACCAGCAUGUACAAAGCCUGUACUCCACCACCCAGGCACCAAUCAUCGGCUACAUCGCCAGGGCAGGUAACCAGCAUGGCGUCAGCUACGCCACCCUGCCGCAGCACCUGGUCAUCCCGGACGGCCAGUCCCUCCAGUCUCUCCUGAUACCCGUUAACGGAGUCGGUGACGUUACCACCACUACGGACCUCGAGGCUGCCUGCUCGGUGACCGCCAGGACGGCCAGCACCACCGCCUCUCAGCUGGCUCCAGCGACCACAUCCCUCCCCCGCCACACCUACCUCACCGCGUCCCUGUCCAAGUGUGAGAUGCUGGGGUCGGACAGCCACCACCAGGCCCCUGCUGUACUCCAGGCCCAAGUACUACCCAUCCAACACAUCCAAAUCCCGUCUAACACAACUGCUACUGUGGUGGCGUCCCCCUCCCCUGCCCUAGCCCUAGCUCCCGCCCCUGUCCAGGCCUCCCCCUCUCUCUCCUCUUCCCUCUCCUCCUCUCCAGCCCUAGCUCCAGCCCCUGUCCAGGCCACCCCCUCUCCCUCCUCCUCUCCAACCACGCUCCCUCCGUUCUUCAUGCGUGGCUCCAUCAUCCAGCUGGCGGAUGGGGAGCUGAAGCGAGUGGAAGACCUGAAGACGGAGGACUUUAUCCAGAGUGCUGAGAUCAGCAGUGAGCUGAAGAUUGACUCCAGCACUGUGGAACGCAUCGACACAGGCCAGACACCCAACGCUGUCAUCAUACAGUUCGGUGUCGGGGAACACAAAGCACAGGUGUGCGUGGAGGUGCUGUUGGAGUACCCGUUCUUUGUGUUCGGCCAGGGCUGGUCGUCCUGCUGCCCUGACCGGACCACUCAGCUGUUGGAGCUGAGCUGUGCCAAGCUGUGUGUUGGGGACGUGUGUGUCUCCCUGACCCUCAGGAGCCUGAGGGGUGGCGACGGCUCUGUGUCUGGGAGGAACCACAGCAGCCAGGGUCACGAGGUCAAGCUGAGGCACAGCCACAACACUGGGGACAUCACACAGGAGUCUAACCGGCAAGGGAACAGUCAGGGGAAUAGCCAGAGUAAUGGCAGCAACAGUGUCUUCCUGGUGCAGGUGGCCAAAACAGACAGGCUGAAUAAGGAGGACAGGGGCGUCCCCCGCUCUGUGGACCAGGUGACAGGAUCUGGACUGAGACCAGGAUCUGGAUCUGGACCAGGGGUCUACGGAGCUGGAGUUGGACCCAGGAGCACCUCGGACCUGCAGGCUGUCUCAGGGAAUGGAGAGAUGAGAGACAGAGAAAAUGUAGAGGUGAUAGGAAGAAACAAUGGAGAGAUGAGAGAGAGAGAACAGAAUAGCCACAUGCCCCCUUCGCCCCUCAAGACAGAAGUGGGUGAGGCAGACAAAGAAAAACCCUGCGGUCGUAAGAGGAGGUGGUCUGCUCCAGAGAGAGAUCAGACAGAGAGGGCGGACGAGGAACCCCCUUUGACUCUGCCAAAACCCUCUUUUAUAACUCAGCAGGUCAAACUCUCCAUGGAGGGAAGGUCAAAUGUUAGUCGUUGA